CGAGUCCUUGAUGGAGGGGGUCUCCGCUGUGUCGCGGGGGAAAUGUCGGGACAGUACGGUUUCAAUGGCGAAGUCGGAGGCAUCAGUGGUGACAUAUAAAUGGAGAGUGGGGUCAGCAAUCUUGAGGACAGGGGUCGUGGUGAUGGUUUGUUUGAGGAAGUCGAAAGCAUGGUGGCGGCGAUCGUUCCAAUUGAAGGAUUCGUCCUUGCGUGCGAGUUCGUGGAGAGGGUAAGAGAUCUCGGAAAAGUUGCGAAUGAAGGGGCGGUAAGAGUUGGCAAGGCCRAGGAAGGAACGAAGUUGGAGGAGGGUUUUGGGCGGGGGGUACUCGACGGGUGCUGUGACCUUCGAGGGGUCCAUACUGAUGUCUUCGGCGGAGACAAUGUGGCCAAGGUAUUCGACGCUCGAAGCAGCAAACGUACAUUUGUUGAACUUGGCGUAAAAUUUUUGCUCUCGGAGGAUCGAGAGGACUUGGCGAAUGUGCUGAAGGCGGGACUCAAAGGUGGGGUUAAAAAUGUGGAUGUCAUCAAGGUACACGACGACACAGACUUUGAGGAGGUCACAAAAGAUGUGGUUCGUGGUGGAUUGGAAUGUGGCGGGGGCAUUGGUGACUCCGAAAGGCAUUACGAGGAACUCGUAGUGCCCGAACCAAGAGCGGAAUGCGGUCUUGUGGGUGUCCUCCUCGAGGAUACGGAUCUGGAGGAAGCUACUACGGAGGUCGAUCUUGGUGAAAUAUUUGGCUCCACGGAGGCAAUCAAGAAGUUCGGAUAUUCGGGGGAGUGUGUACUUGUUCUUGACUGUGAUCCAGUUCAAGGCACGGUAGUCUGUGCACAUGCGGAGUUUCGAGGUGUCGUUCUUCUUGACGAAGAGGCAACUGGUUCCAAAGGGGAAGGAGUUAGGCUUACUGAAUUCUUUUUCAAGGAGUUCAUUGAGCUGGCGCUUCAUUUCUUUGGCCUCGGGAACGAAGAGUUGGUACGAAGGGCGGGAAGGAGGAGAAUGGUUGGGCUCGAGAUCAAUGGUGUGCGAUACACCUCGAUCGGGAGGUGGCAAUGGAAAGCCAGUGUGGUGGAGCUUGAAAGAUUGCAGGAGUUGGGUCAGGAAGAGGAAAACAUUCUCGUGGGGAAGGUCGGAGAAGGGCAUGAUGUCGGCGCAUUGGAAGGAACGGGGGAUUUCCCCUUCGUGGGAAACGAUCCGGGCGAGGGUGUUGAAGUUGAGGUUAUCAGGGGUAAUGUCGUCGCAGGUGUAAUCGAAUUGGCUGUUGUCAUCAAGAAGGUGGUUGGGGGGAAUUUGUGGCAUUGCGGGGUAAACCCCGGAGGUGACUUGGGAAUAGGUGGGACGGGGGGUGGGGAUGGUGGAGGUCGUCAUGAUGGGUUAGGUGGGUGUCGUGGUCGUGACCACUGUGAUUGUCGAGGUUUGAUGGUCGAUAGAGGUCACGAGGUUGGAUACGCCAGAGAUAUUGAUUUCGAUUUUGGUGAUGGACGCGUGGAUGUCCGUUUGGAAAGAGGACAUUAUGCGAAUGAGGGUGGUGAUAUUGGUGGCAAGGGGCUCGGAUCUUUGUUCGCCC